AUGCCACACGCGACGCACGCCAUCCGGCUCGUCCCCGGCGACGACCUCAAGGAAUCAAUCAUAAAGUACGUCCGCGACGCUCGCCUCACCAGCGCGUGGAUCGUGACCGCCGUCGGUUCGCUCUCGAGCGCGCGCGUGCGUCUGGCCAACUACUCCGCGCUCCUCCGCGGCUCCUCGAACGACGUCUACGACGCCCCGGACGAGCGGUUCGAGAUCGUGAGCUUAGUGGGUACGAUCUCAGCCGCGGGUGCGUCCUGUCACUUGCACUGCGCGCUCGGGGAUAAGAGAGGCGAGGUGAUCGGCGGGCACGUCCUGGACGGGUGCGUCGUGUUCACGACGUGCGAAAUCGUCCUCGGAAGCGAUCACGAGGUGACGUUCACGAGAGAACACGACGAACGAACGGGGUUCGAUGAGUUAGUCGUCUCUGGUCGAUCGAACGGCGACGCGGAAGACGAGGUGGCGGCGGAGACGAGCGCGAAACGAAGACGACGCGCGAGGCAGUUGGCGGCGGCGGAGCGGGAGCGAGAGGAGCGAGAGGAGAGAGGAGAGAAAGAGCCGGUGAGGGGGUUAUUCGGGUGGCUCGUGAACGUGGUUGCGCCGAGACCCAGGGACGAGGAGGCGGGGACGGAGGGUUCGUAG